AUGGAAAACUACUGGAAUCGAAAGUUUACAUGGUUUGACUCUCCAAACACCAUCGGCGCCGCCCCUCUCGCCCCACGAAAGGACCGCAAGAUAGUCGAAACAGUUCCUACUGAAGAUACUUCCACGUCACUUGUCAAUAAACGCCUUGAUACCCUGACAGCAGAGCUUGACAACCACAAGCACAGGCUUGACGGCCUGGAAAUGAGUUCCCGAUAUACCAGACAAGAUUCCUUAACCAUGCCCCCCAAAUUCUCCAACAAAAGGUCAGAUCACGCCGGCCUUUUAACGCAAGCACAAAUCCACAGGACUCCAGGUGCAAAUAUCUUGGCAGAUCUUAAGGUGAUCACUGAGAGCCUUGAGGGCCCAAAGAAGACUCGGCGUUGGAAAGGCGUGUUCAAAGACCAUUAUUCGGUGUCCUGGGAUGAAUGCCAAGUGCUGAAUGGGCUGGCAAUGGUUGAAACCAACAUGAUCGAUAUAUUCAACAUCCGGGCAAAUGUUCACACAUUUCCCAAGUGGUGGAGGCCGAAGAAUCGCCCGCAACGCCGACAGAUUCAAAGAAUUUGUGAUUACUGGAUUGGCCUGUGGCACCAUGAUCCCUAUAUUUCUGUCCCGUCCGAGGCCUGCCGUCAGCUACGGGCACUCUACCAUUCGUGA